AUGGUACGCAAGAGGGUUAAUCUCAUUAUAAUGGCGGUGUUUGAGAGCAGAAAAUCUGUAAAGCUUACUAUAGACGAUACCCAACCGUUAUCGUGUGUUAUCGAAGCUGCUCAAAAUAUAAAUGGUCAUACAGCUUAUAUUCUGAGGGUUCAGAGAGGCCAUAUGGUGAAGAAUUCCUGGCAUAUUUCACGUCGGUAUAGUGAUUUUGAUGCUCUGAAUACCUGCCUCCAACCUGCUGGCAUUGAUGUUAUAUUACCACCUAAAAAAGUUUUUGGUAACAUGGGAAGAGAAUUCAUAGCAGAGCGACAACAAGGAUUGCAAGCUUACAUCAAUGCUGUUCUAGCACAUCCAAUGUUGGCAAAUUCCUUGCAUGUGAAACGUUUUCUUGAUCCAGACAAAUAUUCCAGUAAUUUUAUUGAGAUAGCUCUUCAACAUGUCUCCAUGAUAUUUCGUUCAGAGUGUCGGUGGGAAGUAGUCGAACCUCUUCCUGACAUGGGCUGGAGGAUAAGAAAACAAUAUUUUUUGAUCAAGCCAAAAGGAGAAACUAAAGAAAGGCAGGUUCUUUCAUGGGUUCCACUAGGUCCAGAUCAUUACCUUGUAGAUAAGGAUUUGCAGUCAGCUAUAAAACUUUUAGUUGGUUUACAGCAUCCAUAUAUUUAUCCAUUAACAUUUGCAACAGUCAGAGAAAGUGGAUGUUCAGUUAUUAGAAACUUAGAAGAGGAUGGAACACUAAGGGAUCUCAUGUAUAAGAGUAAGCCCAAAAACUCGUUCAUAAAGAAAUAUAUUAAUCCAAAGAUAGUCAUCCCUGUUCCUCAACACUUGAUCAAAAAGUUUGGUCGACAGAUUCUUGUUGCGUUAAAGUUCCUACAAGAUAAAGGACUAUUUCAUGGCCACCUACAUUCUGGAAAUAUCAUCAUCAAGAAAGAAACGUGCAGGUUAUUAGAAGUAGAAAAUCAAUUACUAGGUUUACCAGCCUACUUACGGCCAAAAUUUGUACAGCUACGAAAAGUUCAGACGCUGCAAAAUGUGGAUGUUUAUUCCUUUGGUCACCUGAUGUACGAGAUGAUUUUCGGAUCUCCAUGCCUCACACCCACCUGUAACUCUUUUCCUCAGGAGUGUUCUGUGGAGUUAAGAUCGAUCCUGGAAGCUACCAUCUCCACAGAAGCAUGUAAAAAAAAAGGACUUCCAUCAAUAUCUGAUUUGCUCGCUCAUCCAUUCUUUGCCAACUUAUCAAGUACAGAACAAGAGAAAGUACAUUUAAAAGUACCACCACAACUGAGACAAAACCUCUACAAAGCCAAAGAACAAGUAGAAUCCAAGAUUAAAGAGGAACAGAAAUCUUUUCGCCAUAAUCAACAGUUGUCAAAAGUCAAAAUUCAGUUGAUGUCGGAUGAGGGGAGAAAGAAACGACUAAAUGAAAGGAAAAAACAGCAGAAGUUAGCAACUACAAACACUACAACCAGUUUAUCUUCAUCUGUUACAUCUAUCACACUUCAGAAUGGUCUAUUGAAAUCUAGUUCAGAAGAGUCUUCUAAUGUCCAAAAAGUCCCUCCACCUCCUCCUCCUCCCCCACCACCACCACCUGAAUCCUUAAUUUCUCCAUUAAAUCCAGUUAGUAGGAAUGGCCCUCUGUCAUGUGAUUCUGACCGCAAGGCUUUACUGGGUUCUAUCGAGUGCUUUAACAAAAGACAACUGAAGAACAUUACCGCCAAAGAGAGCAGCAGGCCAAAAGUGUAGACAUAGAAAGUGCAAUUACAUGUCAAAAACGAAAAGGACGACAUAAAUUUCUGGCUUUAUAUUUUACUUUCUACUUCUUGAAAGUAGGAAAGAUAGAGAAUAUAAUCUAUAAAUAAAUACUUACCUUGUAUAAACAUACUUGUACAAAUAAAAGUUUUAUAAGAGUACGUGAAUUGUAUCUUAUUUUUCUCUGUUAAAUGAAAAGCAUCAGCUCAAAUAUAAGUUGGAACUUUAUUAUAGAAUGUUAACAAUGAGUUUAAUAUAUUUACAACUAUUACCCUUUUAUGUUGAUAUUUGAUCAGAUGUACUAUAUAUGGUUAUUUUGUCACAUGCAAAAAAAAAGGAUUUUAAGAAAAGUAACUUUUAUGAACUUGCUAGGUUUGUUAACUGAAAAUAACAUUUGGUGUUGUCCAGUUAUUUGUUUUUCUCGGCUAGAGAAAGGAAAAUACACUUUAUUACAUAAGCUUUUUACUUGGAUUUCUUUAAGAUUUUUCAGCUUAUUCAUUGUUAUGUAUUAUGUAUUCUUAUGUUGCACCUUCCACAAAUAAACAUGUAUUAUGUUGUGUUGCAAUAUGCUUUUGUAAGAGAUUUGUAUUAUGUGAUAUUCAACUUUCAGGUGUUUUAUAUUGUUUUUGUGGUCAAGAAACUGGAUUAGUAUCUUGCUAUAUCCUCCAGUUAGCAACUUUUCCGAUGCAAUAAAAGGCAUUCGUUAUAUAUAUUGUCUUGUUGAUUUGGUAAGUCUAGCUUUGUUAAAUCUCCUUUCAUUUCAGUGUUAUAUAUAGACACACAAUAUAAGUUUAUUACCUAAAAGUAGUACUAAAAUAGCUCUCCUUUAUUGCUUUUCCACUUAUAAAACAAAAACUCUUCAACUUUUAUUGGUAUUGUGGAGUUUCUUUUUGUUGGUCUUUUUGAAUUUAGGACAAAGCCAAAACAAUAGUUUGUUGAUAACGAAAAAGAAUCCUAGAUGAAUAAUGAUUUUAAUAGUUUGUAAUGUCAGCUUAAGCUAGGCACCUGAGUAUUGAUGCCAUACCAUUCUAUGAACAUCUGUACUAGCAGACACAGAACAGAAUCCUAGAUGAAUAAUGAUUUUAAUAGUUUGUAAUGUCAGCUUAAGCUAGGCACCUGAGUAUUGAUUCCAUACCAUUCUAUGAACAUCUGUACUAGCAGACACAGAACAGAAUCCCAGAUGAAUAAUGAUUUUAAUAGUUUGUGAUGUCAGCUUAAGCUAGGCACCUGAGUAUUGAUGCCAUACCGUUCUAUGAACAUCUGUACUAGCAGACACAGAACAGUAUUUUUCAAUUUCUGCCAUAAUCUCAACUGAAUUUUUGUGAGUGGAAAGGGGAGCUGAUGAACUAUGAUCUAAUAUUCUAAUUAAAAAUGUGAUGAGAAAUGAUGGGGGUGGGGGACUUAAAAUUAGAGGUUAUCUUCAAUAGCCUCAACAAAGUUGUGUAUUUAUAAAUGUUGCACCAUUAGUUGAUUUUCUUUACCGAUUUGAUCAGAAUUGUUCUGGCCCAUAAAAUUGGCAUAAUGAACAGUAUAUAGAUGUUUUCUACCUGUUCCGUGCACAAGUCGCUCGGGAUGAUGUUUUAGUAACUC